UGCCUCAGUACUCACUCUCAUUGUGCAAAAGAAUCUUCGGAAGGUUUUCCUAGGCGUCUUGUUGAUGUCGGCUCACCAGAUGGUGAACGAGGUCCCGUUCUGGUGGAUGGGUUGACGGAACACCCACCGUACGUGGCGCUGAGCCACUGCUGGGAAGCAUCUCAACCUCCGAAGCUUACAAAUUCCAAUCUUACACUGAUGAAAGCGGAAAUACCAUGGAGUGUUUUGUCGCCUACAAUCCAAGAUGCCAUCAGGAUCACUAGGUGGCUCGGAAUCAGAUACGUAUGGAUUGAUUCUCUCUGCAUCCUCCAAGAUGAUGAGAAAGAUUGGCACAGCCAGGCCUCACAGAUGGCCCACAUAUACGGCGGAUCUUACGUUACAAUAGCCGCGCAUUUUGGCCCUCAUCUUGACGAGAAAACGUUUACUGUCCAGAUGCAGCGAAAGUCUCCACAAACAAUCGACGUAGCUCAUACAUCCCUCAUGAGAAGAGCGUGGUGUUUCCAAGAACGACGAUUGGCUCCGAGAGUGCUUCACUUCCAUAAACACGAAAUCGAGUUCGAAUGCAGCUCAGGGACACAAUGUGAAUGCAGCAAGCCUUGGAACAUAUGGGAUUUCUGGCACGAACAGAUCACGGCAUACACAAGUGCACACUUGAGCUUUGUUACAGACAUUCUACCGGCUCUCUCUGGAAUCGCUCACCGUAUGCCUCGGCAAAUAUUUGGAGAUUAUCUCGCAGGCCUGUGGACCGGUAGCCUUCUCACUGAACUCUGCUGGUACCACCGCGAGUCAACCAAUCGAUACCGGUACCAGGAAUAUGUUGCCCCUACUUUCUCUUGG